AGUUGCUCCCGGCGGAGAGUGCCCGGACGGCAAUAUGUUAGUACUAAGGUAAAUGAUUAUUACGAUACCGUACCGUACCUACUGCAGCAGCACGGGCUAGCGGGAUAAAAAUUGUAGCCAUUGUCGUCGUCCCUUGAAUUUGUAACCCACGUUACUCGAUACACCGCGUGCUUCAUCCAGUCUUCUUCUCUUCUUCUUCUUCCUCCCUCCCCCGCCUCUGUUCCUCAUACUACUCUCCUCUCUCUCUCUCUCUCGUUUUCUGUCCUCCCCAAUUGACGGCGGCUCACUCUCCUUUCGAGUCUCUUUCACAAUGGCAACAAACAUCACCUGGCACCCCUCCCUCUCGCGCCGCGAGCGCAACCAGCUCCGCGGCCAGCGCGGCCUCACCAUCUGGCUCACCGGCCUCUCCGCCUCGGGCAAGUCCACCGUCGCCACCGCCCUGGAGCAGCACCUCCUGCACCUCGGCCGCGCCGCCUACCGCCUCGACGGCGACAACGUCCGCUUCGGCCUCAACAAGGACCUCGGCUUCUCCGAGGCCGACCGCAACGAGAACAUCCGACGCAUCGGCGAGGUCGCCCGCCUCUUCGCAGACGCCUCCACCGUCGCCAUCACCUCCUUCAUCUCCCCCUACCGCGCCGACCGCGACCUCGCCCGCAAGCUGCACGCCGCCAGCACCGCCGGUGGUGACGGCGACGAGCCCAUCCCCUUCGUCGAGGUCUACGUCGACGUGCCCCUCGAGGUCGCCGAGCAGCGCGACCCCAAGGGCCUCUACAAAAAGGCCCGCGCCGGCGAGAUCAAGGACUUCACCGGCAUCUCCGCCCCCUACGAGGAGCCCCUCAACCCAGAAAUCACCAUCAAGACCCACGAGAACUCGGUCGAGGAGUGCGUCGCCCAGAUCACCCAGUGGCUCGCCGACAAGGGCUACAUCACCAUCCCGUAGAGCCGAGGCCGCCUGCAUGCCACAGAGAGAGAGAGUAGAG